CAGACCAUCAGUGCCAGUGCAGUUUCAGUACUUUUUACCCACAUACCCUUCACCCUCAUAUCCCCUGAGCCACACCUACACCCCCAUCACAAGCUCUGUCUCCACCAUCAGACCCUAUCCAGUCACGGCUCCAGCUCAGAGCUCGGCUCUUCCUGCUCAAACUGGUGUGGGAGUCGCCACCACAAUGCACUUGAACCAAAUGCAGCUGAUGGCACUGCCAUCUGCCCAGAUCAGCACCCAAAACAUCCAACCAGCCUCUAUGACUGCUCAGGGCAUUCAGCCUGCACCAAUAGGAGUGCAAGGGCUGCAUGCCGCUGCACCAAUCAGCACGCAGACUGUACAGCAGGCUCCUGUCACCACACAACAGCCUCAGUCAGAAGCAAAACCAGCAGGUGUUGUUUUGGCUGAAAGUCCUGCUUUUGUCACUAAUCCAAUUGGAAGCACUUUUAGUGGCACUCAGCCGGUCACUACCAUUGUGCAGACUCACACAGGUGCAGGUGCUCCCACACUUGUGUCCUCCCCUCGACCCAGCAUCCUUCGCAAAAAACCUGUAACUGAAGGGGCAGUGCGUAAAUGUCUGAUUCAAGCGCAGCCGAGUGAGCCUAACGCUGGCCGAGUGGAUAGUGGGAUAAGGCUGUCGGGAUCCCCUCGCCCUGCGGGCGUGAAGCCCAAAGCUGACAUUCAUGUUGCAAUGGCCCCUCCAGUGAUGGCAGCAGUGGAGGCUCUGGUGGGUCAUGUUGGUGAGCAGCAGACUCUGUCCACUCCUGUGCAGCAUCAUUCACAGGCCAUUCCCACCCUUCUGGCUCCACCUGCUCCUGCACCUCCCUCUCAACCCACCGCCGUUCUUUCAGCCCUGCCCGCAACCAUGGCAGUCACUCCACCUGUGCCUGCCUCCAUGGCCAAUGCAGUGGCCUCUCCUACCCAACCAGCGGCCAGCAGUACAGCUGCUCUGAGCUCUACGCUUCCUGAAGUUAAAAUCAAACAGGAGGCCGAACCAAUGGACACUUCACAAGCAGUACCUUUAGCUCCUUCCUUGACGGGUCCAGCUCCAUCCCUCUCCUCACAGUCCUCGACUCUGACUGUAUCUGCUCAACCUGGAGAGCUUCUGCCUGGUGCCUCUCCAAGGAAGAAACCCCGGAAACAGCAGCAUGUGAUCUCCACUGAGGAGACGGAGAUGGUGGAGACUAACAGCACAGAUGAAGAGAGAGCUAGCAGUCGAGCUCCAGGAAACAGAAUGGAAAGACAUGAGUCACCACCUAGGGAAUAUGUUGAUGAGGAUGGUGUUCGUUACGUGCCGGUGCGUCCCAGACCUCCUCACACUCACCUUCGCCAGUACCGAAACCCAUGGAAAGCUGCAUAUCACCACUUUCAAAGAUACAGUGAUAUCAGAGUGAAAGAGGAGAAGAAAGGAAGCCUUCAGGACAUGGCCAAUCAGAGAGGAGUAGCCUGUCGUGCUCAGGGCUGGAAAGUGCAUCUGUGUGCAGCACAGCUGCUGCAGCUGUCUAACCUGGAGCAUGAUGUGUACAGCCGGUUGACCACUCUGCAGGAAGGGCUUAUCCCAAAGAAGAGAGCUGGAGCAGAUGAUGACCUGCACCGCAUCAAUGAGCUCAUACAGGGUAACAUGCAGCGCUGCAAGCUUGUGAUGGAUCAGGUCACUGAAGCUCGUGACACCAUGAUGAAAGUGCUAGACCAUAAAGACAGAGUCCUCAAGCUGCUCAACAAGAACGGAACCCCCAAGAAGAGCUCCAAAUUAAAGCGCAAAGAGCGGGCAUAAACGCCAAACCAUGCUCUCUUCUCCUUCAGCAUAGUCCAACAACGGAAAGCUGGACCAGUCACGGUUUAUCAGGUUGCUGUGCACAAUCAUCUACUUUUCUUUUACAGUCUCAAAGAAAAAGAUAGACCUUCGUAAACCAUCAAACCAUUUUUAUAGGAACUGCUGCUUACUGUGGGCUGUCAGACUGUCCAUUGGACAUGAGGCAGCCUGGAUAACCAAUGCUUUUAGUUUCGAUUUUUUUUUUUUCCCCUGAAGAAUUUUUCAUUUUAAAAGAACAUUGUGUUGACUUAUUAUGAUUUUUUUUUUAUGUGUAGAGCAACACUUUUAUCGUAGUGGACUUUAAAGAUCAGAAAGGUCAUGUUUGUUAGAUGUUAUGCCUAUAUUUAGUUGGGUUCACAACAGUACUUACUGCACACACACAUUUAAAAUAGUGUGUGGUCUUUCCAUGUUUGGUGCCUUGUAACAUGGAUUUUUUUUUCUUGCAUUAAAUACAAAAGUUAAAGAUGAACACUCCCAUGAAAGUCAACACAUUAAGUCCACAAUAAAAAAUAAAUGAAUCAAAGCUAAUAGUCUUGUACUAACCAGAUAUUAUGCCCUCUAACCGUUCUAGUUAGUGUUUUUAUUUUGAAUCACUGUAAACAUUCAAGCGCUCUAGUGACUGAUGAUAGUACAAAGCAGUGAAAUAUGUGUACUUGAAAGAAUCAGUAUAAUUAUGUGAAUUUAUAUUCUAAGAAUGUCUGGAUUGUUUUAUGUUUCAAUGUAAGAAGAUUGUUGUAAAUGGAAGUGUCGUGGUUUUCACUGUCCUAUUUGAGCUGUUUCACAGACUUUAAGUGAAUGUUGUUCUGCGUUUGAAUAAUAAUUUGGCUAUUUUGUACAUUUUCUUUUUCAUUCUUUGACUUUUUCUGUGUACUUUAUUCUGUGCUAUUGCAGUAAAACUGGAUACAUUUACAAAGCA